UGCCGAAAAUGGCAAUGUCAAAGUGAUUCAGAAAAUAUUCGACUGUCUGGAACAAUCGAAAGCCUUGAAAAUGAGUAGAGCCCUGUUAGGUUCACUAGUCAAAGUCCAUGCUGUUCGAGAUGAUUGGGACAGUGCCCUAGCCGAGUUUGAUCGUUUGACAAAAGAGCGACGCUCGACACCUUGGAGCACCGAAUUAGCCGCCAGUUUGAUAGAAAAAGACGACACGAGAAGACUUGAUCGACUUAUGAAAAUGAACAGUCAAGUCCACGGGGAGAGGAACAGUAUCUUUGAUCUGUCGCUGGCUUUUCUUAGCUGUCAGCGAGGCAAAGAUGCAAAAAAACUCCUCGAGACUCCUGGACUGCGUAUCGUCAACAGUCGACUGAACAACGUCUGCUCCUUGCUCCGUGCGUAAGAAAAAACUCGACGAACUGGAGAAUUUGGUGAAGUUUAGCCGGAACGUUUUCAUCGUGGACCGCCAC